AUGCCCAAUCAAGGCUUGCCCUCGCCUCUGGAGGCCACAUUCUCCUCCUUGAUCUCACGCCGUCGCUCCAGGUCACUGCUACGACGGCUCACAACGGUCCCGCCAGGGACGGUGGACUUCUCCUCCAAUGACUACCUAUCCCUCUCCACCAAUCCUCACAUACGCCAGGCAUUCCUCGAUCUUGUGCAGCGGGGCUAUAGCUCCCGCCUCGAACAAGAAUCCUCAUCCUCGUCGCCGCCGCCGCAGCUCGGGUCCCGUGGCUCGCGCCUUCUGGACGGCAACCACCCCUUCGCAGACUCGCUCGAGGCCCUCAUUGCCGCGCACCACAACUCGCCCAGCGCUCUUCUCUUCACUUCUGGCUUCGACGCCAACGUGGGUCUUUUCUCAUGCGUUCCACAGCCUGGAGACUUCAUCGUCUACGACGAGCUGAUCCACGCAAGUGUCCAUGAUGGCAUGAGAUUAUCCCGCGUGCCAGCCACGCGGCGGCUACCUUUCAGGCACAAUAGUGCCAGUGGGCUCCGGGAGGUGCUGAAAGAGCUGGCUAGAGGAGAGACUAGCGUACGAAAGGGCAGUCACAGUAUCUUUAUUGCCGUGGAGGCUGUCUACAGCAUGGACGGUGACCUGGCACCAUUGCGGGAGAUCCUUGACGUCGUCCAAGAGGUUUUGCCGCAGGGGAAUGGCUACGUGAUUGUUGACGAGGCGCAUUCCACUGGCAUCUUUGGGCAGCAAGGCAGAGGUUUGUGUUGUGAGUUGGGUGUGGAAGACAAGGUCUUUGCUCGGGUCGUGACGUUCGGGAAGGCUGUUGGGAGUCAAGGUGCCGUCGUGCUCUGCUCAAAGAUUGCCCGUGAAUAUCUCAUAAACUACGCCCGAACUCUGAUAUACACGACAGCCAUGUCGUUUCCGUCGCUUGCCAGCAUCAAAGCCUCGUACGACUUUAUGAUCGCAGGCAAGACCGAGAUGCUGCUUGGACAUCUCCAGCAUCUCAUUCGCCUUACCCAUCGCCUGCUCUCUCGAAUCGUCUCGAGCCUUGCCGAAGACCCAUCAGCGCCUGCAAUACUUGCCUUGGCUCCCCUCGGCGACAAUAUCUCUCCAAUCAUUCCCGUCUUCACGCCGCACCCGCGUAGCUUGGCCAGUCACUGCCAAGCGCAAGGCCUGAUGGGUAUGCUGGAACAUACAGGCCGAGGCAACGAAAUCGAGAAGGCAAGACUCUGA